AUGGAUACCUCGACGCCUUUGCCUCCCGUAGCCCCCUCCCCAGCCUGCAACCCAGCCCCACGGACGAUCCAGAUCGAGUUUCCUCAGCACAGCUCGUUGCUGCUGGAGGCCCUGAACCGCCACAGGCUGGAGGGAAAGUUCUGUGAUGUCUCUCUCCUGGUGCAGGGCCGCGAACUGAGGGCCCACAAAGCAGUGUUGGCCGCCGCUUCUCCUUACUUCCACGACAAACUACUUCUGGGGGAUGCACCGCGUCUCACCCUUCCCAGCGUUAUCGAAGCCGAUGCCUUCGAGGGGCUGCUGCAGCUCAUUUAUUCGGGGCACCUCCGUCUGCCCCUGGAUGCUCUCCCUGCGCACCUCCUUGUGGCCAGUGGCCUGCAGAUGUGGCAAGUGGUAGAUCAGUGCUCAGAGAUCCUUAGAGAACUGGAAAACGCAGGUGGUGGGAUUUCAUCCCGAGGAGCUACCCCUUUCCACACACUUCUUUCCACCACAGGAGGCUGGUGCAUCCGCUCUUCUCCUUGCCAGACCCCGGCACAGUCUUCUGCUUCUACCCAGAGCCCGAUUGGAGGGGAGGGGAGUGAACUGGGAGAUAUGUUACAGCUUCAGGUUGAAGAGGAAGAGGAGGAAGAAGAUGAGGAGGACCAAGGGUCAACAGCACCCUCUCAGACUCCUCAGUCUCAGAAAGGGUCAGGGAGUUUUCCUUGCCCUCCUGCAUCCCACCCCCUGCCCACAUCCACUACUCCUUGCAGGCUUCCAGAGGGCGAGAAUGCCCCACCUGAGCCUCCUGCUCCUCAUACUGCAUUGCCCCCCAAAAUCUUCUACAUCAAGCAGGAACCCUUUGAGUCCAAGGAGGAGGUAGCAGGAGGCGGAAGUCAGUCUGUAGGAGCAAAGGAGGAGACCAAAGUGUUUCCAGGAGGGAACACUGAAGAGAAUGGAGAACUAGGGUUCCUACUGCCCUCAGGAGCAGGGACAGCAUCUGGAGGAGGUGGUCCAUCCUGGAAACCAGUGGAUCUUCAUGGGAAUGAAAUCCUGUCAGGGGGUGGGGGACCUGGGGGAGCAGGGCAGGCUGUGCAUGGGCCUGUGAAGCUAGGUGGCGCACCUCCUGCAGAUGGAAAACGCUUUGGUUGUUUGUGUGGGAAACGCUUUGCAGUGAAGCCAAAGCGUGACCGGCACAUCAUGCUGACCUUCAGCCUUCGACCCUUUGGCUGUGGCAUCUGCAACAAGCGUUUCAAGCUGAAGCACCAUCUGACAGAGCAUAUGAAGACACAUGCUGGAGCCCUCCAUGCCUGUCCUCACUGUGGUCGCCGGUUCAGAGUCCAUGCCUGCUUCCUUCGCCACCGGGACCUCUGCAAGGGUCAGGGCUGGGCCACUGCUCACUGGACUUACAAGUGA